AUGAUGAUGACGUGCCGUCUGCUGUGCGCCCUGUUGGUGCUCGCCCUGUGCUGCUGCUCGUGUGUCUGUACGACAGAUACUGGUGGAGACAUUUCCGCCGGCUCGGGCUCGUCGCCCCCUCAGUCACAAGAGCGAGAUAAUCCCGAUAAUGGCCAGGAUUCACAGACGGACAAUGGUGCGGAUCUGGCAGAUAGUAGCAGCGUUGAGGGAGGGUUACGAAAUGGGGGCUCCACUUCUCUAAAGAGACAAGAGAACACUGUAGAGGUACAGAAACCAAAUACGGGGGCUGGUGCGUUACAGUCGGGAAGUGCGGCGUCCGGUGCAGGACAGGUUUUAAACGAAAAGCCCCGUUCGAUAAAGAUAUCAGGUACGGCUGUUGAGGGACAGGAUGGGAAAAAAGCCGAUAAGGAAAUAAAACCAACUACGUCCACGACGUCCACGACGACGACGAAGGCGCCAACUACGACUACAACGACCACCACCGCUGCGCCAGAGGCACCAAGCACUACAACUACAGAGGCGCCAACCACUACGACGACCACCCGCGCACCGUCACGUCUGCGCAAAAUCGACGGCAGUUUCAGCAGCUCUGCGUGGGUGUGUGCCCCGCUGCUGCUCGCCGUAUCCGCGCUGGCGUACACCGCUGUGGGCUGA